UACGGUCAUACACUGAAAUAGUUAUGUCUUGAAUUUGACCUCUCCCCUCAUGUCGAUAUGACCCUAAAUUGUUUUAAUAUGUGAUUUCCGACGGGAAGUGAAGGCAACAUUGGGCCUGUAUGCUUGUACUUCCUGUAGGAGAAGCUCAGACUCAGUCAGCUGUCACAAACCGAGGAGAGAAGGGGGUCUGUAGACGAGGAAAAAUAGACGACGGCAGCGACAAUGUCUACUUUUUGCAACAAGUUCAGCGAGUACACGUUGACUCAGCUCAACGAAUUUCUCGAGGACGACGAAAAACUUACCAAAAUGAUUCGAGAGAUGGACGAGAUGCAGGAAGUCCAGCAAAGCAAAGAGACAACACUUGUAAAUAACAGAACCCAGGCAGAGAAAAACCUUGCCCUCCAACCUGGCCUGGAGCUCAAGAAGGAGAAACUCACCAAGCAAUAUGGCUGCCUUCAAGAAAGCUUUGAAGCUUAUCAGCUACGCAAGUCCUCUCUAGACCACAAAUCCGCGAACACAUCACUGGACAUUCUGUUGGCUCUACUACAGGCAGAGGGAGCCAAAGUAGAAGAGGAAACUGAGAAUAUGGCGGAUUCUUUCCUGGAUGGUGACAUGACCCUGGAAGCCUUUAUUGAUUCCUACCAGAACCAGAGGAAGCUGGCGCACUUGAGAAGGGUGAAGAUCGAGAAGCUGCAGGAGAUGGUGCUGAAGGGUCAUCAGCUUCCACAGGCAUCGGUAUCUACCUCCCGAUCUCAGGAUAUAUCAAUUGGAGCCAGACCCUCAGUCUCCUUCCUUACUGAGGCAGGCAGUGACUCAUCCCCUCAUUGUGAGCCCAGAAGGAAGCCUCCAGCUCCCCCAUCCCAGCCGCCCCCACUACUAAAUCCAGCUCCAACUGUCGCCCCCCAGCCUUCGACCUACCUUGCUGUAUCACCAUAUCCACCAAUUCCUCCUCGAACGGGUCAACCUUACCCGAAUGUUUCAUCAGGCUAUCCUUUCUUAGCACAGUACUCCUCUGCUUUGCCGCAGAAACCCCCCUCUCGUGUGGCUCCGCAACCUGGCUUCAUCAUUCAAUGAAUAAAAGCCAUUGCCACUCAAGAGUUAACAGUGUGUGCCAAGGACACUUCACCACUGGACCUCUUUUGAAAACUAUUUUCUGUGGCUUUUGCCAUCUUUGUUCAUGACCAAUUCCCAGACAGCCCAGAGAUCAGCUCAGCACCGUCUGCAUUGGUGAUGUUGAAGCUGAAGUCAAUCUGUAAUUGUGGGGAUAUGUUCACAGCUCUCAAUCAAUACCCUCAUCAACACUCCAAACAUUAACAAAACAUGGCGGGAUCAGCCUGGCAUCCAUUUGGCCCAAUUCUUCGCAAAGGAAGCAGCCAGUGUAGCCUAUAAAGACAACCUGCAGAGUAUGGCCUGUUGAGGUUGUCAUCUAUUAGCACUUUGUCUGUGUUUAGUGCCCUCAGUUUUCUAAGUUAAUUAGUUUUCUAUCCUUUCACUCUCCUGGCUUGUUCCUUAAGCAUCAAUGGAACUCGCGAGGAAACUAGGUUUACUUAUUCAUUGAUUUCCAGUUGCAGCAUACUAAUACAUAUUACUGGUUAUGUGUAUGCAAGCACAGAGACCAUAAUUACUGUGUUUUGACAAAAAUAUCAUUUCCCAGAAUAUAUUCAGAGGAAAAGCAUCUAUGCUGUGAUUUUAUUUUAUAUACACGUUCACAUGGUACAUAGAAAACAUUUAAUUUCAGCAUCAUUCUAUUGAAUAGUACUUAUAGAUUUGUGUUUGAUAAACAAUCGAGACUGAUCGAUUCAUAUAAAGGAAAUCUUUAUUUGGUGAAUCAUAAUGCAAGGUGUCUCAGAAGGUCCAGACCUGCCUUGUUCAAAGAGGGCUGACUUUUGCACUUAGUCCAAUAUCAGGGCAGAUGUCAAAAGGGACUUGAGAAGAUCGCGGGCCGAAUUAUUUUCAGUAAUUUGAGCCAUUAAAGCCAAGAUGAAGGAUUUGUAUAUUGCCAUACAGUACACCUUGUUUGCGUGUCUUCUCUAGAUUCAUGUUGUAGUGCUGCGCUUUGUGUAUCUUUUGUCUUCAACACACUUCGUUUGGUCUAGAACUUCUGCCAACAAUUCAGCUGAUCUCGGACAUAUGCUCGUUCUUACUUUCUGAGCACCAAAGGCUUCAUGCAUCACUGUUUAAAAGCUGUGUGUUUUUGUAAAUGACACAUUUGCACACAUGCAAUGCAGAUCUCCUUCAGAGGGACUUGCUAGACUAGCCAAGCUUUGGAUUAACCUUAUUGUGUUGUAACUAAAACUUCACUUUUCAUCUUUACUGCUGUUGCUGUGCACUGUUUAAGAGCCGUGAGUGCCUACACGUGUAGUGGCGUGGACCACUUCCUGGCUGACUGCUCCAUUUUCUCUAUUCUGCUCAUUGACUUGGCCGGGUUUCUUCUUCUGAAAAGAGCAGCUUGUGACUGUCAAGUAUGUUAUCAUCUGCUCUCAAAGUGACAACCAGAAGGCCAGACCAUUUGAGUAUGUGCCAGUGUGACAUCCUCAGGCUUUCUGCCUACUGGUGCUUGUGAUUUCCCCAAUUCUUCCCUCAUUGUUCUGAGGUAUGUGUGGCGUGACAGAAUAUUUUUGCAUGUGCAAUUUUUUUUUUUUUAACGCAAUGCGUGAAAUAAAACGACUCAAAUCAUUUUCAGUUAUAUUUAGCUCAAGCCAAGAGUUUAAGAAUACAGAAUUGGAAACUAAAUCAUCAAUGAAAUGAUGGGAAAAGCAUUUCUAAUGAUUAAAGGAUGUUUUUUUUUUUUUUUGUGCAUGGCAUACAUGCUUAGUCUGAAAAGUCCUCUUAAUAAUUUUUUUAGCUGCUGUUCAGCUGACCUGAUACCUGUAGCCAUGGUUUUAUGUGGUUGGUGAUAUUUUCAGUGUACUGUGUAGGUGUUUACUUAUUCUGAAUGUUUAGGUGGAAUUUUAUGCUAUUUUCAAGUUCAAUAAAUCUCAAAUUUUUG